AUGGCGAGGUUUUCAUAUUUCCUCAGCGUCCCCAGGGGCUGGUAUGAUGGCCACCCCACAAGUAGUAGGUGGGUCUCAGUGGGUCUCACCGCCCUUGUCUGGGAGGCAAGAGGGGGAGGUGGGGACCAGCUCCAAGGCCUUGAUUCUCAAAGCCUCGUCCUGGGCCAGCAGCAGGUAUCACAGGUACGCUCCUUAGAAACGCAGAGUCUCGGCCCCACCCAAACCACGGAGCCAGACCCUUCCUUCACAACAGCCCCAGGGGCUUCGUGGCAUUCCGAGGUUGGCGGAACACGGCUCCUAGGCACCUUCCAGCCCUGGAGGGCUGGGAUCCCCUGCCCAGUCCUGGAUCCUGCUGCACCCUCCCCGCCCCCCGUGCCUGGCCACAGCAAUCCCCAUCAACCCGGUGACCCUGGGACCAGGAACCGACUUUGUCUGUCCAGCUCCAAAACAGCUACACUGGGCACUCCUCCUUCAGCAUUGACGGAGAACCGGCCGUGUGCCGGGAUGGUGUCCUUGCUCUCGGGGCGCUCACGAGUUCCUGACCCAGGCUGCUUGGAUCAGAAGCACCUCCAGAGCUUUAAGGCCAGAUGCUACUUGUCAGUGCAUCUCAAACUUUCACAGGCGCGAGAAUCACCCAAGAUCUUGUCAGAAUGCAGACGCGGAUUCUCUCGGUCUGGAAUGGAGCCCAAGACUCUGCAUUUCUAACGCGUUCCGGAUGGGGCCGAGCCCCUGGCCCACACUUUGAGCAACAGAGAUCAGCUCUCACUUCCGAUUUCACCCAAGAAUCCUUUGGGGGCUUCUGUAUGCUCAUGUCUGGGUCCUACCCCAGACCAACUGAACCAUGCAGAGGAGUGAGGCGGGGUCCCGUGUCUCCGGGUGAUUUCACUGUGCAGCCCAACCACUAGCCUAGGAACAUGUAGAAAUGCAGGUGGUCAGGUCCUACUCCAGAGCCACUGAAUCAGAAAUGCUGGGAAUGAGGCACGAGAAGCACGGCCCUAGGAAUGCCUGACCUUGGCUUCACCCAUCAGCUCCUACCUGCUCCUCCUGCCUCUUCAUUCAUUCUUUAUUUGGCCAGGAUAGUACAGUUCCAGAAACGCCAAUUUGGGUGGCUCAGUC